GGCUGGCUGGGCUCGCAGCCGGGAGGGCGCGGGUACACUUCUCUGUACCGCCAUUCUCAACAUGAGUCUUGGAAGAAGAGUCACUGCUGGUGGCCGGGUUCCCACACCCCGCUAAACAUUUAUCAUUUUGGAGUUUAAAGUAUGUCAUCAUGGCAAAGUUUCGAAAAAGGACUUGCAUCAUUUUGUCACUUUUUAUCCUAUUUAUUUUUUCUGUGAUGACGGGUUUAAAAAUGCUAAGACCAAAUAAAGCUGCCUUUGGAGCUCCUUUUGGACUUGAUCUUCUUCCUGAAGUUCGUCAACAACCUCCUCACUUGGGGAAAACUUUUGAUUCACAAAUGAGUGACAAAAUCAACAGUGAAACAAAUAUCAAGAAUUUAAAAAGAGAUGAAAUCACUGUGAAACCUUCCAAGGCCUCUGAACCUAACCUGGAAGAACUGCCACCUCUGAAUUAUUAUUUACAUGUAUUUUAUUACAGUUGGUAUGGAAAUCCAGAAUUUGAUGGUAGAUACAUACAUUGGAACCAUUCAAUUCUGAAGCACUGGGACUCUAGAAUAAACAAGAAUUAUCCACAGGGGAAACACAACCCCCCAGAUGACAUUGGCUCCAGCUUUUACCCUGAGUUGGGAACUUACAGCUCUCGGGAUCCUUCUGUCAUCGAAACUCACAUGAAGCAAAUAUACUCAGCUUCAAUUGGUGUACUAGCUCUAUCUUGGUACCCACCUGGUUCACAUGAUGAAAAUGGAGUACCUACUGAUGACUUGGUACCAACUAUUUUGGAUAAAGCUCAUAAAUAUAAUCUAAAGGUCACUUUUCACAUCGAACCAUAUAGCAAUCGAGAUGAUCAAAACAUGUACGAAAAUGUCAAAUAUAUUAUAGACAAAUAUGGAAAUCAUCCGGCCUUUUACAGGUACAAGACUAAGACCGGCAAUUCUCUUCCUAUGUUUUACAUCUAUGAUUCCUAUAUUACAAAGCCUGAACAAUGGGCCAAUCUGUUAACCAUCUCAGGGCCUCUGAGCAUUCGCAAUUCUCCUUAUGAUGCAUUGUUUAUUGCACUUCUAGUAGAAGACAAACAUAAAUAUGAUAUCCUUCAAAGUGGUUUUAAUGGAAUUUACACAUAUUUUGCCACAAAUGGCUUUACUUAUGGCUCAUCUUAUGAGAAUUGGGCUAGGCUAAAACUAUUUUGUGAUCACUUCCAACUAUUAUUUAUUCCAAGUGUGGGCCCGGGAUACAUAGAUACGAGCAUCCGUCCAUGGAACACUCAGAAUACUCGGAACCGAAUCAAUGGGAAGUAUUAUGAAACUGCUCUGAGUGUUGCACUCCAAGCCCACCCCAGUGUAAUUUCUAUCACUUCUUUCAAUGAGUGGCAUGAAGGAACUCAGAUUGAAAACGCUGUUCCCAAAAGAACCAGUAAUGCAGUGUAUCUGGAUUACCGGCCUCAUAAACCAAGUCACUAUCUAGAACUAACUCGCAAGUGGUCUGAAAAAUUCAGUAAGGAAAGAGCAAUUUAUGGAUUAGAUCAGCAGCUGCCUGUUUUUUAAUGCAUUAACAUUUAAUAAUUACAGAAAGCAUGUAAUUUCAGUAAAUGCCUUUUGUUUGAAUUACAGAGAGAAAACUCUCAAAAUCAGUAUGCAUUGUUGCUAUUAUCUUUUAUAAAAAUAAUUGGUACUUUUUCAGAGGUAGUAAUGUUAUCAUUGCCAUCCUUCACAAUGUUUUACUGAGAAAAUACCUGUGAGAAACUGUGCAAAAACAUUCCCUGUGCCAUCAUCUGCUAAUUUUCUAACAUUGAAAUCCUGGUUUCAUCGCAAUUUAGUUUUUAUUUCACAAUAGAUUAGUGCUUGUUACAUAGAGUAGUUAGCACACAGUUAAAUCGUUCUUGUAUUCUGGCCCAAAGAAACAGACUUGUGUGUUUUCUAUAUAUAUUGAAGAAAAAAGACCUAAACGAUAUUGUACAUAUUUUAUCUCUCAGAUUUUCAAUGAUUCAAUCAACUUUAUUGUAUUAAGGACUGGAUUCUGGAAACUUUUUAAUAAUAAUUCUUGAGAAAAAUAAAAUCAUAUACCUUACACCUUACUGUGAACCAUACUGUUAGGAAGGCCUGCUUUCUGCAGUACAAUAUAUAUCAUCAUUUGCAGAUUUCUUGGUUUCCUAUAGCAUGCUAGAUGUUUGGAUGUCUAACAUUUCUGCUUUGCAAUGCCAAAUUCCAGAUUUUAGAAGCUAUAGAAAGUUCUUUCAUAAAAGUUUAUGAUGGCUUCUUAUUUAAGAAAACAUAGUUGUUUCAAAAAUUAUUAUGAAGAUAUAAUGCCCCAAAUAUUGUCAUUUUUAGAGUAUGUUGUCAAUCUUUGUUAUUCUAUUAAUCAUGUUUUACAGUUUAAUCAGA